UAUCCAAUCACGUCUCGCCAUGUUUGGUUUUCUUUUGUUUGUUAAACUCAGCAGUGCCUUAAAUAAACUAUUUUUACACGAAUUCAUUUUUAUUUCUCUUAAUCAUCUUAUACCUUCAUUUUCAAAUUUCAAACAUGGCUUCUACUCCUACUCUCCGUCAAAAAAACGAGCUUUACAAGAAUAGAUCAGCAAAAGGCCUAGUUGGUGCCAAGGCUUCAGAGAAAACUAAGGUUGUAGUCAAGACACAAUAUCCUUACUGGGCUAUGGGCUUGAUUGCAUUUGCCUUGUUUGGUGGUGCUCUUAUCCAAAUUCUUGAUCUCUUCUUUUAAAAACCUUGUUCACACGCAAUCCAACUUUUCUUUUUAUCAUAUGCAUAAUAAACCAUUUUUAUAUCACCCAUUAUAUAUAUAUUUUUUUGGGUUACUCCAAAUACCAUUUUAGAUCUUGAAUGGUUCGGCCAUCCACAUUAAGAGAAAGAAAGAGAAAGAAAUAACAAGAUGGAAAGUGGC